UCGCAGCUCUAUUUCUAUUAUGUGAACUAGUGCUGGGGAUUCAGCAUGAUCAUGAUUAUGGCCAGUUUCGACUGCAGUUCGCAGGUCUGCCGCAGUUCACCUCAUCUGCCUUCGUGGUCGUGGUCCUGUUGCUGCUGUGUCCGCUAGUGCUGGGGAUGCAGCAUGGCCAGGAUUACCACACGCAGAUUGGCCCAGAAGAGUACUCACCGAAUAGUGUGACCACUACAUCUGAACAAAGGAACAACAGGUUAGCGCGCGCCAAA